UGUAAACAAGCCUACCAGGCUGUGCGCAGGGUCAAAAAAACCCACGUUGCCUGAACAAGGAAUUGUGGGUACAAGAUGUCUGCGCCCUGUCUUUAACCUGAUAACGUUUCUAUGGUGGAGUUCGUCAAAGAGUCCUGUUAUUAGAACAAGGUUUGUUGCGGAUUUCGCCGAGAAGACGAUGUCUGAACACGCCGAGCAGCAGAGGGGACCGGGGUUGUCCAGGGCAGUGAUCGCCGAGAUGCUGCUGAAGAACUUCGAGAAGCUGUCUGACUCUGACCAGAAGUUAUUCACGUACGGACCUCUGUACCUGGGGGGAAACGCUGGGUUUGCGGGGCUGGUCGCCAACAGCCUGUACCGCAGGGUUCUGAACGUCCAAGCGGCGCGCAUCGCCUCCAGCCUGCCCAUGGCCGUGCUGCCCUUCCUUACCACCACCGCCCUGUACAGCGGCGUGGUGUCGCAGCCGCUGCUUUCCGGGGAUCUGAACUGCCCCACCUGCUCCCUGAUCAGAGGCGGGCUGGUCGGGCUGGUCGCUGCUGGAGUCUACCCGAUGCUGCUGGCGUUGCCGUUGAAUCUCGGCCUUGCAUCCAGAUACAGCUCGGCUCCGAUGCCAGAGAAGGGCACGAUGCUGCGGUACUGCGUGGAAGUCUCCAGACCCGUCUUUAACAAGAUGAGAGCGGUUUUCCUGCUACAGGCUGUCUUUGGCGGCUACCUGGGCGCCAGGCAUUUCCAAAGCUACGCCAAGCUGGCCCAGAUAACCUUCAGCAAGGGGGAAGAACUGCAGGAGUGAGAGGACUGGACUGAGAAUAACCACCUCAUUACAUACGAAUGAAAAUCGGAUUUACCUCUGGGUGCUUCCCAGAAAAUAAAACGACACAGCAUUUAUCACAGCAUUGUCUGAAAUCAUUUUGUCACAUCAUAAAACGGAAAUGAACCUCCCUAUUGCAAACAAACUCCUGGAAAUUCUGGUAAUGUUUAUGACAGAUUACCAGAGUCACACAAAGCUGUUAAGUUUUGUUUUUUAAGACUGACUGAAGAAAAAUAUAGUUUAGUGUACAUAAAUUGCGUUUUACUGUCCAUAUGUUGCUGUUCUCCGUUUCUAUAUGGAUGAUCUAUUGUGUUCAAAAUAAAGUAAAUGAUUGAUAA